GACUGACUUUUCUUUCUUUAUCCUUCUUUUAUCCAUGUUAGUAAGGUUAGUAAAGAUCUUAGUUCUUCUUAUUCUUCCCGUUCUCAAUAGCUGAUCGCCACGCCAUGUCGGCUCACAAAACAUUCAAGAUUAAGCAGAAGCUUGCCAAGAAGCUUAAACAGAACAGACCCAUCCCCCAAUGGGUUAGGAUGAGGACAGGCAACACCAUCAGGUACAAUGCCAAGAGGAGACACUGGAGACGUACCAAGCUCAAACUGUAAACACUUACAUCCUGGAAACUGCAACGUUUAUGUUCCAUCUUUAUCGACAUGUUUUAUUGUUUAACAAAUAAACACUGCUAACUUCCAUCUAA